UUUGGUUGUUUGUGACACGUAUGAUGGUGAGGAAUUGUGUCUUAGGCUGGUUUUUAACAAUCCACUUGUCCCUGGUGACGGCAUGGUAUUUACCAGGGAUAUCACCGAUCAAUUAUUGUCCACCAGUGGUUGAUAGUGAAAGUAACUGCAAGGUUUGAUUUCUGCAGUUUGUCUUCAGAGCCAUCUCCUGUCGAAAAUCUCGGUCAGGUGGUCUUUGGAGAACGUCUAUCACCAUCGAGUUAUGAGAUCAUAUUUGGCAAAGAAGAGACAUGUAAAGUCCUUUGUUCGAAAAAAUACUCACAUACUGACUACAAGAAAUAUUUAUUUAUUACCAAGGCUAUUAUGAUGGGCUAUGAGCACCAUUGGGUUAUAGAUAACUUACCAGUUACAGUUUGUGUUCAAACUGUAGGCGGAAAAAAGUAUUGUAAAACUUCUAUUCCACUUGGAUGCUUUGAAGGUAAUCAGGAUAAAUUGGAUUCUGUGUGUUUAGGAAUACCUUUGGCCAAACAUCGUACGAUCUUGUUGAAUCAUGUCAGUCUGCACAUUGUCUAUCAUCCUGUUAAAGAUUCAUGGAGUAGGGCAGGAAAUGUUAAAGCUGGACGUAUUCUGUCAGUGAUUGCCAGUCCUAGUAGUAUUGCUCAUCCAAACAAUGCACCGGAUUGUACAUCAAAGCAGUCAUUAAUACUCCCGUCUGAUUUAAAGGAUGAACUUAAAAUAACUUACACAUACAGCGUAACAUUCGAAGAGGAUCUAACGCGUAAAUGGUCAUCUCGUUGGGAUUAUAUUUUGGACACAAUGCCUCAAAGUAACAUUCAGUGGUUAUCUAUUUUGAAUUCAUGUGUGUUAACAAUAUUCCUUUCUGGUCUUCUUGCAACCAUUCUUCUGCGUACACUACGUCGUGAUAUUGCUCGUUACACAGAACUUGAAAGCGCUACCGCUGUUCAAGAGGAAUCUGGCUGGAAAUUAGUUCACGGUGAUGUAUUUCGUCCGCCUAACUGGGGUAUGCUUUUCUCAGUUGUUGUCGGCUCAGGAGUUCAAAUCUUUCAAAUGUUAUUGGUCACCCUAUUUUUUGCAUGUCUUGGAUUUUUAAGUCCAGCCAAUCGUGGUGCGUUAAUGACUUGUGCUUUGGCUGUAUUCGCUUGUUUAGGAGCUUCUUCAGGUUAUGCUUCAGCUCGAAUCUACAAAUUUUUCGGCGGUUUGCGAUGGAAAACUAAUGUUAUACUAACUGCAACAGUUUGUCCUGCCUUAGUUUUUUCAAUGUUUCUUAUUUUGAAUGUCGCACUUUGGAUUUUGGAUAGUGCAACUGCUACUCCAUUUGGCACUAUAGUGGCACUUUUAGCACUUUGGCUUUGUGUUAGUCUACCCUUGUGUUUUCUUGGAGCAUUCUUCGGUUUCAGGAAGCCAGUAUUUGAAACUCCUGUUCGUACUAAUCAAAUACCACGACAAAUACCUUAUCAAAGUUUCUAUAGUAGACCGUUGACGGCAUUUUUCAUUGGUGGAUUAUUGCCGUUCAGUUGUAUAUUCAUUCAAUUAUUUUUUAUAUUCAAUAGCAUAUGGGGAGCACAAUUUUACUAUAUGUUUGGUUUUCUAUUCUUAGUUUUCAUUAUGCUGGUCAUUACAAUAUCUGAGACAUCUAUACUAAUGUGUUAUUUUCAACUGUGUGGAGAGGAUUAUCGCUGGUGGUGGCGUUCACUAUAUACAGGAGCUGGAACAUCAUUCUAUUUAUUUGUUUAUUCCAUUCAUUAUUUUGUGACACGUUUAGAAUUUCAAGAUGCAGUCUCGGCAUUCCUUUAUUUCGGUUAUACAGCCAUCAUUUUAUGGCUUAACUUUUUAUUUACCAGUUCUAUUGGCUUUUACGCGUGUUUCUGGUUUGUUCGAAAAAUUUACGGAGUUGUAAAAGUCGACUAAAAUGGUGAACUAGUGUGAAAAAGCCCCUGAAAAACAAUUUUUUCAUUGGAGAAUGAAAAGAAAGACAUAUCUUUUGUUAACAAAUCAAACAUUAUGCGAUAUAUUGUACCGCCGGUUGUUUUUUUCGGAACAAUGUUCAUUUCUUUUUUUUCCUGUUUUUGUAUAUUUUCAUUCCUGCAUUGUAUGAUUGUUACACAUUGUUACUAUCAUUAUUAUCACCGUUUAUUAUGAUUGUGUUUGUGUUUAUGUUCCUUAUUUAAGCACUCAUACACAUUAAUGCAUCAACUAUAUAGAUAUAGCACAUUCACUGUUUCUUUCUUGGUUCUUUCGUCAUAUAUUCUGAGACAAAAAUCGUACAUCUUAUAAUAAACACUAUACAUUUCUAUAUUUUUAAGUUAUUUUGUUCAUACUAAUCGAGUUAACAAUCGUGGUGAUUUAUAUCACCCUCUGUGAUACAUAUAUAUAAUACAUUGCACGAAAGUAAUUAUUAUUUAAUUCUUUAACAAGUUCAUUCUUAGCUACCUAACUUGGGGCUGUAUGUUGCCUAGUGUGGGAGCAGACUGAAAGAUAGUUUGGGGUAUAGUCAAACCAAGGUUUCGGACCAGUCCAUGAAGUUAUUGACUAUUUUACUGAGCUAUGUAGUUAAAUGCAAACUAUCUGGUUGGAGUUCAUGGGACUAUGGUAACCAAUGGUUAAUGAUGUGGCCCAGAAUCGUCCACAAUUGCCCAGGCACACUAAUUAUUUGUCUACUCUUAUUUCCGGAAUCCUGAAUUUUUCUUUAUACUUUUUUGUUUCUUUUCUUUUCGAACUUCCAAUCUUCUCUAUUACUACUAUUACAUCGCUUCUGCUACUCUGAGGUUUGUCUGGGUUUCUGUCUUGCAAUGCUAAUAUUAGUGUGGGAUGAAUCAACACUCAUGCGUCAAGUUGUAAA